AUGUCUUCUCCACACGUCAUACAAUUCAUCCACGUACCUCAUCGACCAGUUCACUCUGACGACGAGAUCAACAAGGACCCGGCCCCCGCCCUCAGUAUAUUGUUCCAAACGCACGGCUUAAUCACAGCAUGGCAGGGUAGGCGACACGAAGACCGAUACACGCAAAUCUGGAUGCUCAUCUGGCAAAACUUGGCAUCAAGCCACGCAUUCUUCGCCAGUCCAGCGUACAGGCAGUUUCACAAUGAAGUCCAACCAGCACUCAAUGGCCGUAGCAUUCAUUGGCAGCAACACGCUAUCCUCGGGACUAGUGACCUAGAUAGUUUAGAUCGACUGGCGGCCGUGGUCAAAGCGCCCGCGAUAGAGGUUGCCUUGACGAAGGUCAUCGAAGGGAGGGUAUCGGGCUAUUAUGUUGUUUUCCGCUCGACGAUAGGUCCAGUUCUAGACGGAAAGGAGGGUUGCGGUGGAUGGUGGAUUGGUCCGCAGAUGGAGAAUCCACAACACCAGAUACUGUUGGAGAGUUGGAGAUCUGUUGACGCACACCAUGAUGAAUUCCAAAAGAGACCAACGUUUCAAAAGUGCAUCGUGGCUCUCUCUGACAUUUAUAGGCAGUAUGUGACUCCCACGCACAUUGCUGAACUGAAGCCUGUAUUUGGGAGUCUCUAA